AGAAGUAGUCACGGAGACAUGAGUUGGUAGUUGGGAGCAGUCCAGAGUAGACGUAUCGAGAGUCGGGAGCUGUAAGCUGUGUUGUGCUCUGUGUGGGUACGAGCAUUUGUAUUUGUAUUAUUAUAAUACGUACACACAUACAUACAAACCAAUAUCCUACAUGCUGGAUGGUAGAUGUGGAUGCGAAGAUAUUCGAUAGGAGCAAGAGCAAGGAAUCAUUUCUGUAAGUCGCCGUGCAAGUGGUGGACGUGCGUUCCGAAAGUCCGGCUGAUGUUUUGAUAUAAAUUGGUCCAGCGCGUGUGCUGUGUUCAAUUAUUUUUAUUGACUUUGUAAUUGACGUAAUUGUUGGUUAACUCCUGUUUGGUGGUACGUUUUUCUGCAUGUGGUCAACGUUUGUUUUUGUAAAAUGGAUUAUAGUCAGGUUUUAAAUUACGUCAGUGAUACAAGGGAAGAAUAGGAGUUUGUUGUUUGAAGUUUUUUAAAUAAACGGGAUUUAUUUUUGAUAACUUAACAAACAAAACAGCAACAUGUCAUACACAAAUCGUUUUCCCCCGACACAACACACCAGAUACAGAAGCAGCUGGGGUCCAUCUUCGGUAUCAGCUUUCACACGUGCUGAUGUACCGAGAGCUUCUCCUGAGGAAGAAGAAUACGAGUUUUAUCAUGAGAGAAUUCAUUCCGCCCAAAACAGACAAUUAAUUCCAUUGCAAGAGGAUUUGGCUGAUUGGAUUAAUAAAAUUAUUAACGUGGAUUAUAUAACCGGCGAUAAUUUCUUCGAUACUCUAGAUAAUGGAGUAAUAGUAUGCAAAUUAGCACGAGUUAUUCAAGAAAAAGCUCGUGCCGCUAUUGACGCCGGAUUAGCCAAAGGACCGGUACCAGUAAUCCGCGGCCGUUGUUGGGAAAAUGCAGCCAGGCGUAGCUUUUUUUCCCGUGACAACAUGGAAAACUUCAUCCAGUUUUGCAGACGGUUAGGUGUGCACAACAAUUUAUUGUUCGAAAGUGAUGAUUUGGUACUUCAUGGACAGCCACGUAAUGUCGUGCUGUGUUUAUUGGAAGUAGCGCGAUUAGCUUCGAAAUAUUCUUUAGAACCACCAGGACUGGUACAAUUGGAACGUGAAAUUGCUGAGCAAGAACGAGAAUUACAUUGCAUGUCUGAUAGUGGAAUAUCUCAUAGUAGUUUAGUUUCAUGGCAAUAUCAACCCCCGUCACCGGUUCCUUCACCUCUACCACCCAAGGAAAAAAUAAAACAUAGCUGCUCGGCGUCUGAAAUUACCACGAUGACUUUAUGGAUUAAUCCGACACCACCGACGACACCACUGGAGCCUCCGACGGAAAUGCGUCGCUCAGUGAGCGAUAAUGGACCAACUGGCAGCGACGGAGUACCGAGUGACACCACUGAGGAUGAUUGGUCACGCGGGAGCGCUGAAGAUCCGGAUGAGCUUCCGUCCCCAGUCAGCUCGCCGUCACCAGCAGAACCGCCGGAACAUGUUGGACCAAUUACUGAACUUGACAGAAAAUUUGUUCGGUUUGUCGACGAGGAUACUCAGUCGCCAGGAAAAUUAAUCUCAAAUCCACCUGUACUAACAGUACGGCGGGCUGCAGAAGCUAUUCAUAGACUUUGUCAGUGUUCAAACGAGAAGUGUUCCAAGUUGAAAGUACGGAAAGUCGGCGAGGGACGGUAUAACAUUGCCGGGCGCAAUGUCUUCAUUAGGCUUCUAAAGGGAAGGCACAUGAUGGUAAGAGUUGGCGGCGGAUGGGAUACGCUGGAGCACUUUUUGUCAAGACAUGACCCGUGUCAGGUGAGGGUCCUCAGCCGUGAAAGCACACCGCCUCCUCACACAACCGCCAAGCACACAAAUUUUCUCCACAUACGUGCUAAAUAUCGCAGCUCACCCACAGAAUCAAUCUCAAGACGUUAAUUGCACAGUGCCUAUAUCAAUACCAUUAAAUUAAUCAAUAAUCAAUACUCAAUUGGUCCAUUAUUAAUAGUAAUAAUAUCAAUAUUAUUAUUAGGCAUUAAUAGUAUCUUCAUUAUAUAUGCAAACAGCUUUAUAUAAUGUAAGAAACAAGAAACCAUCAGCAUAUUAAUUAAUUAAUCAGCCAAUUAAUUAAUUAAUCAACUCUCAGUUAUCAUCUCGCACGUCCAAAUUAAUGUAGUUCACAUUUGCCUAACUUUAAUAUAUCAUUUAAUAUAUCAGUACAGUAUAUAUUUAUACAUUAGUAUAUUUAUAUAUUAUACUCGCAAUAUUUAAUAUCUAUAUUUAUAAAUAUUUUUCCAUAGUCAUGUUGACGGAUUUUAUAUUUAAAAUUAAAUGUAUACAUCUAUAGAAAGAUCCAAUUUUCUAUACAUAAGAGCAAUAUUUUUUUUGUCUCUAACGUACUUUAAUUGUAGUUAUUAAUUAGUCAUAAAUACAUGUGUCUUGAUAAUUGCUCAAUCUGAAUUGUUUACAUAAAUGUGAUAGUAAUUUUUUUUUAUACUUCUAUUCAUCUUUUUAAAAAAUUUGGUGAAUUUCAAUACGUGAAUUUAUUUAAUUUUUUACCAAUGAAUAGCAGUUUUUUUUUAAGAAAAUUUUUCUUAGAAAAUUGAAUAUAAAAAUGUUAGAUAUUAGUAUUUAAAAAAAAAUCUUUUGAAAUUAAUAAAUUGAUAUCAAUAAAAAGGCACGUAAUAUUCAAACUUCUCGCUUAAAAGCGAUUUAUUUGCACACAAAUAAAUGCAAUCAGUACAAUUAUUAGAUAUAUUUAUAUAUAAAUAUAUUAAUUGCUUACAUUUAGCUUUUGUACUUUUAUAAAAAACGAAUUAGAGCUAGAAUUUAGUAAUUAAUUUUAUACGUAUUUAUAAUAAUAAUAAUAAUAAUAAUAAUGAUGGUUAUAAUUAAUAGUAACAUUAAUGCUAGCAAUAAUAAAAGUUAUUUAUUAAUUUAUGUAGUUGUAUAUAAUUGAUAAACAUUUUUCAGAAAUGCAGGAAUAAAGUGUUUAAGGAAAUACCAAAGCUAAGAAUUUCUAAAAAAGUUAUGUCUGCACGUUGAGGCUAAUUACGUUAAAUAAUUGUAUUUUGAUUUACAUUAUUAUUAACAAUAUAAUUUUUGUCAUCGAUAAUCAAUAAUCAAUAAUUAUUGUAUUAAUUAAUAUUAUUAAUUAAAAUCAGUAUCUUCAAUUUGGCCAUUUAAUUAUUUAAUUAAUAAAUAAUUAAUAUUAAUAACUUCUAAUGCUAAUAGUUUAUUUAUAAAUAUUAAUGUAUAAUACAUUCUAAUUUACAUGAGAUAAGUUUAUUAAAAUAUUUGUUAUAUUAUUUUCUGUUGAUUAAUAAAAAUUGUCAUUAAAAAAUUCA